GCCGCGAUUGCAAGAGACGGAGAGGGGAGGGUCCGUGGUGUUCCUCUCUCUUGGCAUCUCCGAUCAUCACCCCCCACCCCCAUCUCUGUACAGGACUGCCAACCCCGUACAGAGUGGAGUUAUUCCAGGAAUGUGUUGAACAUGGCUGCCGGGAUGAAGGCGCAGAAAACUGGACUGUUGGAGCUCCGAACCUCCGUGGAUCGCUGGAUCCGUGUGCUCGCCUGUCUCACGGAGGAAAGCCUGACGGUGAGUCCGGGAGAAGCUACCGUUGAGCCUGUGAACCCCAGCCUGAGCCCAAAUCCCCUGGGAGCAGUGAACGGAGAUUCAACCAGCGUCGGGUCGAGCUCUCCAGUCCCCGAGUCGAUCACCAACGUCAAACGCACGGUGCGAGUCACCAAGCAGGAUGUUGGGGGUCUGGGAAUCAGCAUUAAAGGAGGGAAGGAGAACAAAAUGCCCAUCCUGAUCUCUAAGAUUUUCAAGGGUCUGGCCGCUGACCAGACGGAGGCGCUGUACGUGGGGGAUGCCAUCCUCUCUGUGAAUGGCUAUGACUUGAGAGAGGCCACACACGAUGAAGCCGUCCAGGCUCUGAAGAAGACAGGCAAGGAGGUCAUUCUGGAAGUGAAGUAUAUCAAGGAGAUGUCAGCCUACUUUAAGAAUGCCUCUCCAGGGGCCCCCACCCCUUGGGACUCUCCACCUUCUUCACCCCAGAAACAAGGGGUUUCCAACUCUCCUUCCCAGUCAAUGGCAGAUCUGAAAGAAGGCAAGAUGAUCCCCCUUAAAAUGUGUCAAGUAACCAGGAAACACUGCCCACCAGACACUGAAAACAGGUAUCUAGAAAUAAUUUCAUCUGAUAUUCGGACCUCUUUAUUUCUGCGGGCAAAAGAUCCUGCUAUGGCCCAGUCCUGGUACAACGCCAUCCAGGCAAAUGCCAAUGCCCUCCUCCCCAGGGUGAAGGAGGAGCUCAAGAGCUUGCAAGGGGGGUCAGGUGGCAAGGAAAUAAAGCACAUAGGCUGGUUGACUGAGCAGCUGUCACGGGGCACAGAGAAGACUGUGCUAGCCAUGGUAACUGAGAAAGAUCUUCUUUUCUUCCGUACUUUACCAGACAGCAGGGAUGCCCUGAACCAUCCAGAGCACAGUCACCCUCUCAUCACCACCAGGUUGGUUCACUCUGGACCGGGCAAGGGCUCCCCUAUAAUGGACUCGGAGCUGACCUUUGCCCUGCGUAGUGGAACUCGUCAGGGUGUGGAGACACAUGUGUUUCGUGUAGAUUCAGCCAAAGAACUGUCUGCCUGGACACGGGUGCUGGUGGAUGGCUGUCAUUGUGCUGCUGAGCUCAUUCAGGAGGUGACCUCAGCCUGUAACUGGAAUGGGAAGGAAUGCACACUGGCGGUUCACAUCGACAAGGGCUUCUCCCUUUUCACAGAGGAGCCGGGUCUCAGCAGGACUGUCCUCCUCCAGCAACCCUUUGAAAAGCUCAGGAUGUCCUCGGAUGAUGGCACUCGGAUGCUGUUUCUCGACUUCGGAAGCCCAGAGGCAGAGAUUCAACUGGACCUUCAUUCCUGUCCCAAAACCAUCGUGUUCAUCAUCCACUCGUUCCUGUCUGCUAAGGUGAAGCGUCUUGGCCUGCUGGCAUAAUAGCCAGAGCUGCAAACAGAGGGACGGGACUACCGCUUCAGCAGGCUGCCUAAGUGAUUGAGAAUUCCCAAAAUGAGUGGGGUUCUCAGUUUUUCUCAAAACCCACUGUCAUUUUUGAAUAGUCUUCUGUUACUUUCCCAGCAGCCUCUGUUUCCCUCAUGGGAAGGGUAAAGUAUUGUACUAUGCAGCCUAGGCUUUUUCUAUUAUUACAAAACCCACUCAGCUCAAUGAAUAGUGUUGAAAUAAAGAGUUCAAUAAACCUAAGAAGGAAGUUAAAUAAUAAUAUUUAAUAAUAUGUUAUGUACAUCAUAAAGCAACUACAUGGAUAUGGAGCUCUUAGGCACACUCUUAUUGGCAUAUAAAAUCUACAAAUGAUUGAAAGGUUAAAAAUGAUUGGAGGCUGCCUUAGCCCAUCUUGAAUGUUGCUGUUGGUUUUCACCAUCUGAACACAUCUGAGCACUGCAAAAGAAUAGCCUGUAUUUUUCCUCUCCCUUUGUCUUGUAGGCUGCCAGUACUCUUAUACUUCUCCUUUUUUUUCUGGUGUUGCGCUCUCCAAUAAAUUCACAGCUUUGUCCAGACUGAUGUGUCAUAACUCAUACUGCACUGAACAGUAAUGAAUGGGUCAGCCCCUUUCCUAAGUUCCUGAUUUCAGCCCUCAAGUUCAAAGAGACCUACAGUAAAUUGGAUUGUUUACCUAUUGCCCCUCUGUGUUCACUGGGAGACACAGACAGAAGUAAAACUCCUAAUGCACAACUGUUUGAUCCAGGUUUUGCAUUAAUUGGGCUGAUCAAUUAUACAGGCACAAAUAAUCAGUGUUAUUUUACACACACAUCUGUAUAUGUAGAUUUGUGAGAUAGCAAGCAUGAAGUGUUUAGCAUGUGUGUUAGCUCAUGUAGCUAUAUAAUAGUAAUCCUUUCGUUAAUCAAUCCCUGAACAGAUAUCAGUGAAUAUGUCUUUAAUCUGAGGUUUCAUUUUACCACCAACUACUCAACAGGUAUGACUUUCUUUGCUGGGGAAGUUUUUCUGUCUAUCUAGGUCCAUGAAAACUCGAAGUCUGCAUCACUUUUUUUCUGUGCUGCUGCAAUUCACAGCCCACAAUCAUACCGUUUGGUAGUUGCUAGCACUAAAUGAAAAACAGUGCCUAUAGAAAGUCUCCCCCCACAUUGUUGAACUUUUUUCCACAUUUUGUUGUGUCAGUGCCUCAGAGUUUCAUGCAUUUAAACAAGGAUUUUCUUUCUCUCAUCUACACAUCGUGCUCCAAACAUUUAAGGGGAAAACACUUUUAAUGAUAAAGAUUAUAGAUCUAAAAUAUAAAACUGAAAUAUAAUUAGAUAAGUCUCCACCCCUUGUGAAACCCCCUUAAUACUGAUAGAAGUACCUAUGGCAGUUGGAAUAAGUUUCUGGGGUUCGCGCCAAAAAGCAUGAAUUUGUGUGCAUUUAGACCAAAACGUUCAGCCCACAAAACAUUUUGCCAUAUGGCCAGAGAAUCUCCUGAGUGUUUUUUGCAUACAUCAAAGUGGGUUUUCUUAUAGUAAUAGAUGUAACCUUGUCAUACAGGCCAGAUUUAUGGAGUGCUUGGGAUGUUGUUAUCCCAUUCACACUUUGACCAGUAUUGACUAUACAAGUGUGUAGCUCUUUCAAAGUUGCCAUUGUUCUCUUUGUAAGCUGUCUGAUCAGUGUCCUUCUUUCUUAAUCAUCCAGUUUAGGGGGACGGCCUCAUCUAGGUGUGGUGUUGGUGGUGCCAUUUAUCUUUCCCUUCUUAAUAAUUGUGUUUUAGGGACUCUGAUUUUUUUAUGCUUAUCCCCUGAUCUGUUCCUUUCACAGUACCAUAACUGGAGUUCUAUUGAAAAUUUAUUGGUGCUCAUGAUUGCAUCUUUGCUGUGAAAUGCACUACCCAACAAAAAGAACCUACAGGAACUGCAGAAUUUAUCCUGAAAUCAUGUGAAUCACAACACUUUGACACAGUUAGACGUAACUUGGUGUGUGAUUUUGAAAGUGGUUGGUUUAAUCUUUUUUAGGAUUGCCAUUAGAAAGGGUGUGGAGACUUAUCCUACCAAGCUAUAUUUAUUUUAAAUCUUCUGUAAAGUUAUAGGGGGUGGAACUGUGGUGCAGUGGUUAGCAUUGCUGCCUUGCAGUUGGCUUCAGUUCCAGAUCUGAUGUGCCGUCUACCUGAGCUUUGUAUGCUUCCCUUUCUCCUGGUGGGUUUUCUCUGGGUGCUCCAGUUUCCUCCCACAAUCCAAAAGUAUAAGAGGAGUUGGUAAAUUGGCCCCAAUGUGAGUGUGUGCUUGUCUGUUUGUAUCUGCCUGCCCUGUAAUGGACUGACGUCCCAUCCAGGGUGUACCCUCCCUUGUGCCCUUUGCUUGCAGAGAUAGGCUUCAAUUCCCUCCCAAGCCUGAAUUGAAAGAUGCAGUUGGAAGACGGAUGGGUAGAAAAGUUGUUGCAGUUACAUUUUAAUUCCAGGCUAUUAGGCAAGAAAAGGUGAAAAUGAUUAAAUGUGUAGUACAGACUUUCUAUAGGCACGUUAUAUUAAGGUCCAUAUUGUCAGUAUGCUUUAAUGUUGGUAUGAAUGUUAACUCAACUUUAGUAUCAGUUUAUGGGGAUAAUUUCUUUAUGUUUUUGGCUAUGUUAAAAAACUAUUCUAUUGAACUUAUCCCUGAGAUUUUAAGAUAUAACUAGCUAGUCAAGCUAGUCACCUUAGGUUUUCCUAUGUGUUUUUAUUGUGCUGCUGGAAUUUCUGUUUUCUUCUGGGAACUGCAUGAAGAACAGGAGCAAUUUUUGUACACAAAGGGUUGUGGGAAUAUGAAACAAACUGCCCAGCUGUAGUUUAGGUCCUUACCCUGGCAGCUUUCAGGAACAAGCUGGAUGAGAUCAUGGGAUGAAAUACUUACUACCAGCCAAAUAAGACAGAUGGACUGAAUAAGCUCCUGUCAUUUAUAACCAUUCUUAUGUUAUUAUAUUCUCUCUCAACAAAAGAAAUUACUACAUUGUAGGGUAUCUUCCUAUGCUUUUAAAGUUGUGCUGACAUGGGACUUGACCAUUUUUUUUCAUAAUACUGAUCUUAGGGGUAUCAUACUACCCCCUGGAGAUGGGCAGAGGUUGACCAUCUAAAACCGGAACCCCAGAAUAAAACAGGGAAGACAGUGUUAGUGGUUACUAGAACACAACUUUAACUGUUAAGAUCUCUGACUGUCCAAAGCAGUGAGUUAUAGAGGCAUUUUGCUGAUCAGUUUAAUCUUCCAUUUUAUUGGCUCACUGCACCUAAAAUAUUAAUUCACUAAGACAUCUGAUCUGCUACUUACUAUGAUGAAUAAUUUUGGAACAGGUAUCGUUUACAUAUACAUUUUAGCAGACAGCAAACAGCAUUUCAAGUAUUACCGCAAAUAAAUUGUAAAUAACCUUGUGUCACAUACAGGUUGCCAAUAAGUGUGGACAUUAGAGAUAUUUUGAUGAACUGGCCAGGAGAGAGUCUUUGGUCAGCUUUAAUUCUCAAACCACUGUCUGAACUGUGGAUUUAAGUAGUGAGUAAAGGUUCUGAAGGUUCUCAUCCCAGCUGAGUCUCAGUUACUUAAUUAAAAAAAGCAUAUAAUAAUAUGCUUCAUUAGACUACAUUAAAUGGUCCAGCUCUUCAAAAGUUAAUUAUUUAAAGCUAUCUAUUGUUGGAGCAAUUUGAGUUGAUCAUAUCAGCCUGUUGCUAUAGCUCAGGGGAAGAAUGAAGACCUGGGUGAAUUCUUGCUCCUCUUUCUUUACUCACCACUCUGUCAACUCCGCAGUGGUUCAGGAGAAUGGUUCUCAGGAGUCAGGUUUGUAAGGAACCAUAGCUUAUCCAGCCCAGCAGGGCUAAUCCAGUAAGUCUUGUGUGUUUUUACAGGCUUCUUAAGUCCUAUGCUACUUUCAGAACUAAAACAGAAAAAGGUCAUAGUUGGCAAAAUAUUUGUUCCACUUAAGGUGGUUAGAACUGUUGUGUCAGCUCUUGAAAUUCCUUCUGGCAGAACUGUUGUCUCAAGUUAUGGGUUCGAUCCUGGCCUGGUGCAGAGUUUGCAUGAUAUCUCCUAUGGCCCUGUGACCGCGUGGGUUUUUCUAGGUUCUUUGGUUUCCUCCCACAGUUCAGUGACGUGUUGACAUUCAUGUAUGAUUGCAUGCCUUACCCCACUGUCUGCAGAGUGAGGCUCCAGCUCACUGUGACCCUAUAUAGGACUAUGCAAUUACAGGAAGUAUUUGGAUGGUUGAAUGGUUCCAAUUAAACUUCACUUAAGUAAUUCAGAGCUCACAGAGACUGAAUUUCAUUACAUGUUGAGGCCCUGAAGUGGAACACCCCUUGAUUAUAGUCCACUAUUUGGCAGGGACCCACAUUUGCAAUUCUGGAUUCACUGGGGAGAUCACUGUUUGGUCCUGGGAGUUAUGUAACAAUGUUUACCUCCCUUUUGAUUUUUGUUUUUGUUCUGGCAGCACAUCAAGCACCAUAUUUUAUGAUGCAUUUUCUAUACAGUGUUAUGAAAGCUAUAUGAAUAUAUGUUGAAAACUAAUACCUUUUGCAUUUAAGAAUCAAGUUAUUGUAUAUUCUAAUUUAAAACAAAGCGUGCCUUGCAAGGUUGAUUGUAUAUAAAAGUGUAAUAAACUUUGAUUUGUUGACCUUUA